GGAGUUCUGUAACUCAGCUUUGCUGUCUCUGACGGAAUAUGACACCUAGCCUUGCUGGAGAUUUGCCUAACAUUGAUUGAAACCACUUACGAACACCCCAAUUUACUGUACUGUGUGCAUGAAUUGUACGGUGUGGAAUUUCUAAGUCCCUGAGCUACUAAUAGUUAACAGGGAGGGGAAAUGUAUGUACAACCUACUGGCAGCACUAACCCUAACCUCCGAGCGGGCCCGGCUUUUCAUGAUGCUAGGCCACGGCGUCAGACGGGACGCGUCACUGCGAGGGAGGUAUGCGGUGAGUUGGACAUGCCUUUGAGGCCGAGACACCUCGGGUUGCUGCGUAUUACGGAAAGCCUAAAUGGAUUCUCUCUUCAGUUUGCGAAGACACAAACUGAACGCAACCAGCUCAACCAACAAUUGCGCGGCCUACUUUACCCAAGUUUAUCUACCUUAGGUAUUUAGUACGACCAACUUGCGAUCCUCACCGCCAUCAUGACUUUUGUCGACACCAUCACCUCUGUAUUCGGCAAUCUCGCACCCUACCACUUGCUGUUCUUCUCCACCCUCCUGGGCACCGAGCUGUACCAAACCUUCGUCAACACCAAGAUCUGCUACCUUGCCCUCCCGCGGCCGACAUUCACGACCCUCCAGAAGCGGCUCUUCCCUAUCUACUUCCGCGGCCAGACAAUCUUGCUUCUUCUGACGGCCGCAACCCUUCCUCCGCGCGGUCUGUUCUCACUAGUCAAGCACAAAGCCGACUGGAUCCCGUUCACCCUGGCGGGAGUGACGGCCGUGCUUAAUCUUGUGGUGUACGGGCCGGGGACGCAGAAAGCGAUGGUGGAUUGCAUUCAUCAAGAGACUCGAGAUGCAAAGCUCAGGCUCAAUGGCCACUUAGGCGAGGACACGCCGUCUCCCGAGAUGCAGCGUCUCAGAAAGGCCUUCUCCAGAAACCAUACCAUGUCCAUACAUCUGAACUUGAUAUCCAUUGUGGCAAUGGUGUUUUAUGGCUGGAGGUUUGCUUCUCGGUUGGCUGUUGUGUCUGAGUAGAAGCAGCCCAGCUGCUGAGGUGCUUGAGUUAUCCGCUAGUGUGGUGAAACACGAUGGAUUUCGGAAGUCCGAUGUUUUUUUCUGCUGAGCACUACUAGUACAGAAGUAAGGUUGGUAGAUCAGAUCAAGAUUCGAGUCGUCCUGUACAAUACCACUAGACGUAAAUGACACCCCUGGG